AUGCAACAUCCUACCCUCCAAAAUGUCCGCAUUCGCUCGACGCGCGAUGCCCUUCAAGUAUUCCAUGGAGUCGCCACCCAUCGCCUACCUUUAAUCACGAGACGGUUGGAUGCAGAAGAGCGACGAAACAUCGUCCCCGGAAAUGUCUACGUCUGGGAAGAACGUGGGGCAAACACCGAGCCGACGGGUCUCGGAAUGGAGCGAUGGACUGAUGGAAUGGGAUGGGGUCCCAGUCGGGUCCGCGAUGAAUUCUUGUUUUAUCAUCAGAAGGACUCGGACGUCACUGACGAUCUCGUCAAUCCUGUCACUCCGUGGGCGCAGAUGAUGAGGAGACCCGCCGCACGGCCUAACACCAGGCCAUUCUCGGUUGAUGUUCGCCCAGUGCCCGAGUCAGAACGUCUCAUCAAACAGACAUACAGUGUACACGUAUCAUUGCCUGCUGACAGGCCCAAGGGAAUCAUCAGGAAGUGGCAUCUCACCGCUUACUUUAGCCCGCACAGGUUAGACGAACUUGAUACCAUCGAUAAUCUUCGUGGUGUAGGCGACAUUGUUGUGCCAGAAGGGUGGUUCCGAAGCGCUCGCAUUGGACGAAAUCGACGAGAUAGCCGAACGCAUGCACUUCCCUCAACCUCCGAGGGCCCUGGCCAUUCGCCCACAUCGUCAGGCUCAAAUUUUUAUCUUCCAUCGGGUUCUCACCACCAAUACCCAUCACCUUCUCAGCAUUCAUCCCCCGCAUCUCCAUCGGGCUAUUCGAUUCCUGCGUCGCCGCCUCGCUCUGUGGUGCAUCCCCAGCAUCAGCUGGUGCCUCUAGAGGUCCUCGUCCAGACGGCUGGACCGAGGCGUGAUCCAGCAGACGAACUGCUACUGCGCCGAUUCUCCUCGUAA